AACGUGCUACAGUAGCGAAAUCCAAAAAUUUUUCGCAUCUGACAAGGCCUUAGGCUUGUCAAGCUGUGUGCGCCGCCGCCACCAGACCAACCGAACCGUUUCUGUUGAAGCUAUGGAAUGGCGCCGCCUCUUCCUCCCUCGCCACCACUCCCUCUCCUCCGGCGCCCAGGCCAGCUUCGCUGUCGUCGCCGGUGAGAUCUCUGCCCUCCUCACCGCCCGACGUUUUCGGGUUUCCGUUAACCGGGCGGAGCAGUUCAUACGCUCCAAUGCCGUCGGGGCGUCCGGCGUCCCCGAGAUGUACCACUUGUUGGCCGCCGCUGGCCCACGUGAGCAGUGCCUUUACCUCAGCGGCACGGCCUCCGUGCUGGUCGAGGCAUCGGCGCGCGCGGACCUCCCCGACGGUGCGCUGCUGCUGAUCGACCUGCUCAUCCACACGCCCAUGUUGCCGCGGCCGUCGGCGAUCUCCUGCGGCCACCUCAUAACGAAGCUCCUCUCCCUCGGACGCCGCGCGGAUGCGCGCCGCGUGUUGGAGACCCUCGCCGAUCGCAAGCGCGACUGGGCGGUCGCCACGGUUUGGAGAGCCGGGAGAGCGGCCGAGGCCGUCAAGGUGUUCGGCGAAAUGGCGGACACGGCCGCGGCGCCAAAACAUUCCAGGUACCGGUACCUUACCAAGAAUAUGAUGAAUGACUGCCUGAUGAAGGGAGAUCUGGAGGCUGCUUCAGAGUUGCAGACCCAGAUGGUGCUGGUGGGCUUGAAGGUACCCAAGCAACAGCGGCGAAUGCUUCGGAUGCUGGAAAAAUUCCGGCAGUGCCCACACAAAAUCCCCCGGAAUGUGCUCAUUGAAAUCUGCAUCAUGGCGGACAGCGUCGAUGGUGCCAUCCGUUGGCUCCAUCACAUGGGCAAUGAUGACAUGGCACCUCCCAAUGCUCACUCCUACAACCUAGUACUCGCCGGGCUCUGGAAGGCUGGUAGGGGCGGCGAUGCUGUUGAGAUGUUCGACGAGAUGGCAGACAUGUCCCUGGCGCCAAAUAAUUUCACAUAUACUGUCAUGAUCGAUGGCCACUUGAAGAGGCUGAGUCAUGUUCUGGCCUCAAAGAAGAACGAGAGUGGAGAUCUGGAGGCUGCGCUCGUGCUGCGGGCUCAGAUGGUGCAGGAUGGCUUCAAGCCAGACGAAUACACUUACUAUUUGCUGAUGGCUGAACUCUGCUUGGCUGAACGGCUGGGAGACGUUACAGCUCUGUUCCAUGAGAUGCUGAUACAAGGGACGACACUACACAAGAUCGUUCAUGGAAGCCUGUUCAAGUUCCUCUUCAGAAUCAACGAAGAUCAGCUACUGGGCAUUGUUGAAAAAUCUGCAAAGGAUAGUGCUGCUGCAGCGGAUAAUGGUUGCAUUACCUUGUUAAAGGAGCUUUGCAGGAUUCAGAAAGUUUCACUCGCGGAGAAGGUGCUGCGGACAUUUGUGGGAGCAGGGUUGGUCCCGACGACAGAGAUGUACAACAUUCUCGUUGAUGGGUAUUGCAAGAUCAAGGAACUCCAAGGGGCAUUCUCGUUGUGUCGCCAGAUGGAAUCACAUGGUCAGCUUGUACCUAAUGAAGCCACCUACGAGGCUCUGCUGCUGGCCGUGCUCAACAACAUGAGCAUCAUCUAUUGGGAGGACGUUCUGGAGUUGUUUGAGAAAAAUGGAGUUAGUACUGACGCACUGAACUCCGGCAGUUCGGCUACACAUGGAUUCAAGUAUAGGUCUAGUCUGAUACCUAGAAUGUUUAACAAACUGGUGAGCAAGCUAUUUUAGAAUCUGCGAAAUGGAUAUUUCAAUUGUAGGUCUAGAGUAACAGAUGCUCGAUGGUGCAGCAUGUAUUCUCCUAAGGACUUGUGGAAGUCAAUGGCAAGCGCCUGCCUUGUUUGCUCGAUGACUACAUUCAGGGCUAGUUUGAAAACUUAAAUCCCUUAGGGAUCUCGGGUUUUUUUCUAGAGUAAACAAUUCAUAGAGAUGUCAUUUGAAUAAGCCAUUUAAUUCUUCAUGGAGGGUUUUCUACGCCCUGGGUUUACCUCCCACUUGCUUUCGAAUUAGGCCUCACGGGCUUCCACAUUGAUUGACCUACCGAUGCAGUGCCUCAUCAUGUGGUUGCUAA